GUAUAUAAAUCCUCUCGAUCUGACGCGGAUUCUGCUCAUUCCAAAUCGAAUCCACCAACAUCCCCCCCCCCCCCGGCAUUGAUCUCGCCUUCAUCCUCGCGCGAUUCUUGCGAGGAAUUCGAUUCCCGGCGAUGGCCGCCGCCGUCGUCUGCGUCACCGGCGCCGGCGGGUUCAUCGGGUCGUGGAUCGUCAAGCUCCUCCUCGCCCGCGGCUACGCCGUCCGCGGCACAUCCCGCCGCGCCGAUGACCCGAAGAACGCGCACCUGUGGGCGCUCGACGGCGCGGCAGAGCGGCUGACGAUGGUGAGCGUCGACCUGCUCGACCGUGGCAGCCUCCGCGCCGCCUUCGCCGGCUGCCACGGCGUCAUCCACACCGCCUCGCCGAUGCACGACGACCCGGAGGAGAUCAUCGAGCCGGUGAUCACCGGGACGCUGAACGUGGUGGAGGUGGCCGCCGACGCCGGCGUGCGGCGGGUGGUGCUCUCCUCCACCAUCGGCACCAUGUACAUGGACCCUCGCCGCGACCCCGACUCCCCCCUCGACGACUCCUUCUGGAGCGAUCUCGACUACUGCAAGAACACCAAGAAUUGGUAUUGCUACGCGAAGACGAUAGCGGAGAGGAAGGCGUGGGAGGUGGCGAGGGGUCGGGGGGUGGACAUGGCGGUGGUGAUCCCGGUGGUGGUGCUCGGCGAGCUGCUGCAGCCAGGGAUGAACACCAGCACCAAGCACAUUCUCAAGUACCUCACCGGCGAGGCCAAGACGUACGUCAACGAGUCCCACGCCUACGUGCACGUCGUGGACGCCGCCGAGGCCCACGUCAGGGUGCUGGAGGCGCCGGGGGCCGGCGGACGCCGGUACAUCUGCGCCGAGCGCACCCUGCACCGCGGCGAGCUCUGCCGGAUCCUCGCCGGCCUCUUCCCGGAGUAUCCGAUCCCUACAAGGUGCAGGGAUGAGAUAAAUCCACCAAAGAAGGGCUACAAGUUCACAAACCAACCUCUGAAGGAUCUAGGCAUCAAGUUCACACCUGUGCAUGAAUACCUGUAUGAAGCAGUGAAGUCCCUGGAAGACAAAGGAUUCAUCAAGAAGACCUCCAAUACCAAGGAGCUUCACAGGCAAAGUUCUCCCCCUCAAAAUUCACCCGCGAGCAUGCUGAUGUCGAAGCUUUGAUAGGUUUCUGAAGAAAUCCCUUUUGACCGACGGCUUAUCUCAGAGUUUACAUAGCUCACUAAUUUGAUUCAGUUCGAUAUCUCUGGCAAAUUGCCAAUUUCUGGGAGUUCAUCCUAAAAGCAGAUAAUAAGAACAACCAAUGUGUAUAUCAUCAGGGAUAUGAGUUGAAUUAUUAAAGGAUGCUUCAGAUAAGGUUAUGUGGAAAAACUUGGUAUACAUUGUUGAUAGAUAUAUACAACAUAUACACUAUUGUGAUCA